AUGUCCCUUGCUUCCAUGGAAAUCUCGUCGACCGAAGAACCAGCAUCUACUGGAGGCAGUUUUUGGCAACAUCAUCGGUCCACAAUUUUGACAGUAAUUCUGUUUGUCAUUCUGUUCGCAACGGGUUUCUUCAGUGCGCUGGUGUACAUGCUAAUUCGAUACUUAUGGCUUCGACUUGUUAGGGAUCCAUUUCUAUCUCCAACUGACAACUUGCCAAGUGUUUUAUGGGAGAUGUUUACCACCUGCCCUCCAAACUCAAAAAGAACCUGGCCUACCAUCUUUUUUCUCGUGAACGUUGCGAACGAGGACAACAAAAGUGAUGACGACGACGACAACUUGCAAGCUGAUGAUGACAAUAACGAUAUCAUGGAACAAGAAAGAGAAAAAGCGAAAUACCUUGAUGAGAACCGCCGAGAGGCAAGGCAACGUUUGGUUCUCAUUGCCAUCUUUUACGCCAUUUGGACAGGCCUGUCAGCAUACUCUGCCUAUAAUCCCAAAUUGGUCAAAUUGACGAUACCUGUUCCCAAACUUCCAGCAGCCUGCGAUGGAUACAAGCUAGCUAUGGCAUCUGAUUUACAUCUUGGUUCCAUGUCUGGAGUGAAUGAGGCUAAAUUCAUGGUUCAAAAGUUGAAUGACUUGGAACCAGAUGGGAUUGCACUUGUGGGAGACGUUGGUGAUCAGACCGUCAACAGUGUCCUGAAAGAAAAGUUGGCACCUUUGGCCGACUUGAAAGCAGAAGAUGGGGUAUUUUAUACUUUUGGGAAUCAUGAAAACAAACAACAUGUUGAAGACUACCGCCAACUUUUUCGGCACGAAGCUCCAUUCAAGGACAAGAUUGUACUCCUAGAAAACGAGCACACAAUUCUAUCCAAGGGCGGCAUGGAUGGUUGUCAAAUUCUUCUCUUGGGCAUGGCUGAUUGGAGUGGAUUUGGAACCCUUCGAAAACGACGAGAAGGACAGGUAGAACCCAGCCUGACAGAAGCACUUCACACUACCCCUGGACCAGAUGGCACUAGCAUUCAUGUCGAAGAGGGACCAUCAGUAGAAGAUUUGCCAGUAAUUAUGAUGCAGCAUCAGCCUAAGAACAUGACUGGAGCUGCCGAGUUUGGCGUCGGUCUUCAACUUUCAGGUCACACGCAUGGUGGACAGUUAUGGCCACAGCAUUUUGUUCUGUUCAUUUACGAUGCCAUUUCUGGUUUGUGGGAAUAUGAUGUGGGCAAGAAAUAUGGUCCUUCCUACUUGUUUGUAUCGGAAGGUAUUGUUGGUUAUGGACCACGUCUUCGAUUUUUGUCCAAGACCGAUUAUGCGCUCUUGACAUUGCGUUCACCAGCAUUCAUGAAUGCUGAUGGAUUGGAACCCGACACUCAUAUCACUUAUGCUACGAUGGCAAUGUACUUUGCCUGGAUAGUAUUUCCCAUUAGUCUGUUGGCGUGCAUGGUUCCAUGCUGCUGUUGGGCCAAAAGUGGGUGCAAGACGUAUCAACCCACGCUCGGGCGAUCCUCUGGAGAAGGUAGACAACUAGUAUAG